UGGUAGUAUCCUUUUGUGACUGGCACAUGUCACUUAGUCUCAAGGUUCAUCUGUGUGCCAGGUUGCUUUGGGAUUGUGCAGGAAGUACAAGUCUUUUCUCUGCUGCUCAGGAGACUACCUGCAUUCAGUGAAAGGCUACAGGCUUUGCAAGGUGUAUGGCUGUGGCCAUUGUAGGAGAGGCACCCAUUUGGGAGACCUCAGCCUGGCUCUGGGGCACCUCUGAGGGCCAUGUUUCUCCCCAGGGUGCUACGACUCUGAGUAGGCCUGUGUUUGUCAUGGGCUUCUGCUUCACUUGCAGGUGAUUGAGCCUAUCACCUUGGGCCCCCUGGUGGCACUCUCUCCUCUUCCCUCCCAGACUGUGGCACCUUGGAAUUGAUGGGAACUGCAGGGAUACGCCGGGCCAGCCUCCCUCCCAGCUAGUGACGGACGCCCUCGCAGCUCCUGGACAUUGCCCGCCCUUCGUCCUCUGCCCAGGGAUGAGCCUCCUCCUGAGUGUCUUCUCCAUUGUUUCUUAAAGGAACCAGUUGCCACUGCUGCCACCUCCUUUUCUGUCAACCUCAGUAACUUCGACCUUAUUUCUAUUUUAUGGAUCUGUCCCAGAUGUAAAGGCUCCUCCUGGGUACUACUGUGGCCAGAUCAAUACCCAGUGGCUUGGGGCCCUACUUCACUCCAGCACCGGCCCUUGCCUGCCCCUCCCUACAGCUUCUCAAGGCCAAGGUGCCAGGUGUUUGGCCUGUGAACGCUGGGUCUUCCCUGCUCUGCCUGUUCCCUCUGGCCUUCAGGAAGCACACCCAGCUCCACAAUGGCAGCAGAGACACUCAACUUUGGGCCUGAGUGGCUUAGGGCCCUUUCUAGUGGUGGCAGUGUGGCCUCCCCACCCCCCUCUCCUGCCAUGCCCAAAUACAAGCUGGCUGACUAUCGCUACGGACGAGAAGAGAUGCUGGCUCUAUAUGUCAAGGAGAGCAAGGUCCCUGAAGAGCUCCAGGACAAGGAGUUUGCUGCAGUGCUACAGGAAGAGCCGCUGCAGCCCCUGGCUCUGGAGCCCCUGACUGAGGAGGAGCAGAGAAACUUCUCCCUGUCAGUGAACAGUGUGGCUGUGCUGAGGCUGAUGGGGAAAGGGGCUGGCCCCCCCCUGGCUGGCACCUCCCGUGGCAGGGGCAGUACACGGAGCCGAGGCCGUGGCCGGGGCGACAGUUGCUUUUACCAAAGAAGCAUCGAAGAGGGUGAUGGGGCCUUUGGACGGAACCCCCGGGAGAUCCAGCGUAGCCAGAGCUGGGAUGACAGAGGCGAAAGGCGAUUUGACAAGUCGGCAAGAAGGGAUGGAGCACGAUCUGGGUUUGAGGAGGGAGGGGCUGGCCCAAGGAAGGAGCAUGCCCGUUCAGACAGCGAGAACUGGCGUUCUCUGCGAGAGGAACAAGAGGAAGAAGAAGAGGGCAGCUGGAGACUUGGGGCAGGACCCCGGCGAGAUGGCGACCGCUGGCGCUCAGCCAGCCCUGAUGGUGGCCCCCGCUCUGCUGGCUGGCGGGAACAUGGGGACCGGCGUCGCAAAUUUGAAUUUGAUUUGCGUGGGGAUCGAGGAGGGUGCAGUGAAGAGGAGGGGCGGGGUGGGGGAAGCAGCUCUCACCUCCGGAGGUGCCGGGGGCCUGAUGGCUUUGACGAAGACAAGGAUGGGCUCCCAGAGUGGUGCCUAGAUGAUGAGGAUGAAGAAAUGGGCACCUUUGAUGCCUCUGGGGCCUUCUUGCCUCUCAAGAAGGGCCCCAAGGAGCCCAUUCCUGAGGAACAGGAGCUCGAUUUCCAGGGUCUAGAGGAGGAAGAGGAAGAACCUUCCAAAGGGCUGGAAGAGGAGAAUCCUGAGGCAGGUGGGGAGGAGCUGACCCCGCUGCCUCCUCAGGAGGAAAAGUCCAGCUCCACAUCCCCACUGCCUGCUUUGGGCCCACUCUGGGGGACAAAUGGGGAUGGUGACGAAACCGUAGAGAAAGAGCUCCCAGCAGCUGAAGGAGAUGAUAGGAGGGGAAUCCAGCUGAGUCCUGGGGUAGACUCCCCCCCCGGCCCUCCUGGAGACCUGGAAGAUGAUGAAGGCUUGAAGCACCUGCAGCAGGAGGCGGAGAAGCUGGUGGCCUCCUUGCAGGACAGCUCUCUGGAGGAGGAGCAGUUCACAGCCACCAUGCAGACCCAGGGCCUGCGCCACUCUGCUGCUGCCACUGCCCUCCCCCUCAGCCAUGGCGCUGCCCGGAAGUGGUUCUACAAGGACCCACAGGGGGAGAUCCAAGGCCCCUUCACGACACAGGAGAUGGCAGAGUGGUUCCAGGCUGGCUAUUUCUCUAUGUCACUGCUUGUGAAGCGGGGCUGUGAUGAGGGCUUCCAGCCUCUGGGUGAGGUUAUCAAGAUGUGGGGCCGUGUGCCCUUUGCCCCAGGGCCCUCACCGCCCCCACUGCUGGGAAACAUGGACCAGGAGCGGUUGAAAAAGCAACAGGAGCUGGCAGCAGCGGCCUUGUACCAACAGUUGCAGCACCAGCAAUUUCUCCAGCUGGUCAGCAGCCGACAGCUCCCACAGUGUGCGCUCCGGGAAAAGGCAGCUAUGGGGGACCUGACGCCAACACAGCAGCAGCUCACAGCGUUCUUGCAACAGCUCCAGGCUCUCAAACCCCCCAGAGGUGGGGACCAGAACCUGCUCCCGACAAUGAGCCGGUCCUUGUCGGUGCCAGAUUCAGGACCCCUCUGGGAUGUACAUACCUCAGCCUCAUCGCAGUCAGGUGGUGAGGCCAGUCUUUGGGACAUACCAAUUAACUCUUCGACUCAGGGUCCAAUUCUAGAACAACUCCAGCUGCAACAUAAAUUCCAAGAGCGCAGAGAAGUGGAGCUCAGGGCGAAGCGGGAGGAGGAGGAGCGGAAGCGCCGGGAGGAGAAGCGCCGCCAGCAGCAGCAGGAGGAGCAGAAGCGGCGGCAGGAAGAGGAAGAGCUGUUUCGGCGCAAGCAGGUGCGGCAGCAGGAGUUGCUGCUGAAGCUGCUGCAGCAGCAGCAGGCAGCUGCAGUCUCCGUGCCCCCUGCACCCAGCUCCCCACCCCCGAUCUGGGCUGGGCUGGCCAAGCAAGGCCUCUCCAUGAAGACGCUGCUUGAGCUGCAGUUGGAGGGUGAGCGGCAGCUGCACAAGCAGCCCCUGCCUCGGGAGCCAGCGCGGGCCCAGGUCCCCAACCACCGUGUGCAGCUUGGGGGCCUGGGGACUGGCCCCCUGAACCAGUGGGUAUCUGAGGCUGGGCCGCUAUGGGGCGGGCCCGACAAGAGUGGGGGCAGCAGCAGCAGCCUGGGGCUCUGGGAGGACACCCCCAAGAGCAGUGGGAGCCUGGUACGUGGCCUUGGCCUGAAGAAUAGCCGGAGCAGCCCGUCUCUCAGGUACAUGCCAGGUCUGGAGGCUCUUGAGAUGGCUGGGGAUGGAAGGAGGUGGAACAUUCCUGUGUUUAACUUGCCUGGCUCCCUCAGCGACUCUUACAGCCACCUAGCAGGUCGACCUGUUCGCAAAAAGACAGAGGAAGAAGAGAAGCUGCUGAAGCUGCUACAGGGCAUCCCCAGGCCCCAGGAUGGCUUCACCCAGUGGUGUGAGCAGAUGCUACACACGCUGAGCACCACGGGCAGCCUAGAUGUGCCCAUGGCUGUAGCGAUCCUCAAGGAGGUGGAAUCCCCCUAUGAAGUCCAUGAUUAUAUCCGUUCCUGCCUGGGGGACACGCUAGAAGCCAAAGAAUUUGCCAAACAAUUCCUAGAGCGGAGGGCCAAGCAGAAAGCCAGCCAGCAACGGCAGCAGCAGCAGGAAGCGUGGCUGAGCAGUGCCUCCCUGCAGACGGCCUUCCAGGCCAACCACAGCACCAAACUGGGCCCUGGGGAGGGCAGCAAGGCCAAGAGGCGGGCACUGAUGCUGCACUCAGAUCCCAGCAUCCUGGGGUACUCCCUACAUGGAUCUUCUGGUGAGAUCGAGAGUGUGGAUGACUACUGACCAGCCCGUCCCCCCAGCUCCAGGGCUGUAGACCAGGGGCGGCAGCAGCAGCAUGGACCCUCAGGUCCCCAGUCUGCAGGCUCCCCACAAGGAGCCAAGGAGGAGGCAGGGGCAGC